GCCUCUAUCGCUAUCGUCUCAACAAUCAACUAAAGAUUACUGUUAGCUACUUUGAUCGAGUAACAAGGAUUUAUACCUUGUUAUAUUGGAAUAUUUACUGCGAUCUUUCGCAACCCUGCGCAUCGUUAUCAAAUACCAUCGCAAACGUCCCUCCUCACACUUCACAAAAACGAGCCCGUCAUGGAGUCGCACGAGGUCAACAACGCUGCUUUGUAUAAUACCAGAAGACGACAAGGAUCUAUUGGUGGAAGCCAAGUCCUCGAUCGCAUUAUCGAUGCGUCCAACUUUGAUCGCGAUGAAGUCGAUCGCUUGCGCAAGCGAUUCAUGAAAUUAGAUAAAGACAACUCUGGCACGAUUGAACGAGAAGAAUUCCUUUCGCUCCCACAAGUAUCAUCCAACCCACUCGCUCCACGAAUGAUCGCCAUCUUCGACGAAGACGGCGGCGGCGAUGUCGAUUUCCAAGAAUUCGUCUCUGGUCUAUCUGCAUUCAGUUCCAAGGGUAACAAAGACGAGAAACUCCACUUCGCUUUCAAAGUAUACGACAUUGAUCGGGACGGGUACAUUUCAAACGGCGAAUUGUUUAUCGUGCUUAAGAUGAUGGUGGGUAGCAAUCUCAAGGAUGUGCAAUUGCAACAGAUUGUAGAUAAGACCAUUAUGGAAGCCGAUAAGGAUGGGGAUGGGAAAAUCAGUUUUGAGGAGUUUAAGCAUAUGGUGGAGAGUACUGAUAUCAGUAUGAAUAUGACAUUGAGUGAAAUAUAAAUAUCCUUGAUGCUACAACAUUUGUCCCUGUUGCAUACCAGAUUCUAUCACGAUUGAUCUGUUUCUUUCCUUUUGAUGUCUAUCUAUCAAGUUCUUGAGAAGGCUGUUUUCUCAAUGUGAUAUGACUUAUGACUACGGCCGCUUACUUUCGGGUACUAAAUUAAAGUACAUGCAUGACUCAAGGGCAUGUUGCACAGAUUCCUGGACCACCAAGACGAUGACGGACUGUACUGAAGUGGAAGUCUAUGCUUUGCUAGGAACGAGUACAUUCACAGAAUUUGUAUGGAACUGGGUAGCAUGGGCCGUGUUGCGAUGUUUAAUUCGACAUGAGGAUAAGAUUAUUACCCAAUUAUGGCUCUCCUUGGACUCAUCAGUAUGAUAAAGAAGUAUUCGAUACUACGUAU